AUGACCGGUGCACGAGCGAUGUCACCGCUCGAUCUAAUUUGUGUGGAUGAACCCAUCCAAUCGACGACCCUGGAAGACUUCUGGUCUGUGCGGCGUGACGAACUCAAGGCGAUGGUGAUGGCCUUGGAUAAUAUGUACGAACAAGUCGCGUUGAAAUCGGCGAAGAAACGCGCUCUUAAUCGAGAUCGCCGUGCGACCAAGAAGGUGGCCUCGAUGACUCAAUUUGACGUGGGGGACUUUGUUCUCUACUUGGACGUCUGUUCCAUGACCCAUGCCAAGCUCAGUGUCACGUGGCGCGGUCCGGCUCAAGUUGUCCGAGUUAUCUCGGAUUGGAUCUACGAGAUUCAAAAUUUGAUCACGGGUGUCGCCCGUGAAGCCCACCGCAGUCGGCUAAAGUUCUAUGCCGACAGUUCACUCGACAUGAGUGAGGAGCUACUGCGCCAUGUGGCGCACAAUGCCGGCGGACACGUCGUGGAAGAUUUCCUCGGUUGUUGGUACAAUGAUCGAUUGGCGGCCUAUGAAGUGCUUGUCAGUUGA